AUGCCUAGCAUGGUCUUCCCCGCGUCCGAGACGCCAAGCUAUGUGGAAGGUCCUUUGGGCUUGUAUGACUCUUCGCGGCUUCAUUCUAGAGAUCUACCAAAAUCUCAAAAACCGCCGGUCGUCGCGUCCGAACGAACGCAGCCUUCUGUUCAUCUGAAAUGCCGAGGUUUCUGCGAAGGCAUUACUUCGGUUGUGGACGAUUCUUCACAGGUUCAUACUGAACAUUCAAUCAACACCCACCUUCUCGCAUCCGAAGGAAACGAAGAUACACCUCAGCCGCCUCGUCUCUCAACGUUAUCAAUUCUCCCACGAACAGUUAUUCUGAACUCGUCAUAUGAUGUCACAAUGGCCGUCUCACCCGCGCGCCAGGUUCCCAUGUUUGCCUCCUUCGCGCCACUGCUCUCCUAUAGCACCGUAGUCCUUUUCAUCGCAUUUGUCGCAUCGCGGUUACAGCGAUGGUUCUCCCGAAGACGGAGACGCCAGGGCUCAUUAGGACUUGAUGGAGUUGAAUUACUCCCUACAACCACUGCAUCGGUACUUCCAGAGUUCAGGGAUUACGUCGUACAGCCCCCAAAUGUGCCUCCCAUAGUUUUACCGCCUACCAGGUUGGGGAGACGUAUCGAAGCGCACAAGUCAAUAGACACUUUCGGGGCUGUCGGGACGCGAUUGAAAAAGUCUGGUCGGAGUCAAAGUCUUAGUCUGCCGAAGGCAGGAUCUAUUGGUCUUCAUGCUCCAAUACAGUUGCGGCCGUUUGCCUCAGAACCACGCUCCAAAUCCACUCCAAAUACGCCGAAUGAACUUCUAGUAGACUUGUCUCCAAUACAGGAUUGGAGCACUAGGGAUGGCAUUCACACUCGGAAACCUUUCGUGAAUGACGCCUUGCACGGGAGUACCAGCCUUUGGACAGCAGACGUCAACGUGUCGUCGGAUACCCUCUUUGGUCUUCGACAGACACUGUCGAAUCGGAGUGUUGACAUUGCCGAUGCACCAUUAAAGCCUAUGGUGAUGGAACCACAAGUUCUGGCGGCUCCUGUACAGCUCAUUUCGGUAGCAGUCCCAGAGCCAGCUGUUGGCACUAAAGCGACUUCCCUGUCACUAUCUGAUUCCUACUCCUUUGAGCAAGACAUAACCCUCGUUCAUAGUGACUCAGAUCACCCUCUGAUUGACUUUUCGCCAAAGGGUGGCAGCGCCUUGGAUCUGACUGUGGCAACGGAGGCGGUUGAUGAUGCCCAUGAGAUUGAAAAAACGCGGGAUGAAGGCACAUUUCUGCCCCACUCUUCUCACGAGGAAAAGCCCUUGAUGGAGUUUAGUCAGUGGGACGAGGAGGGGUGGGGAUUUGAGGUUGUUUCCUUGCCCUCUGUUGAUGACGAGUUCAUGGGAAUUACGAGAACGUCCGCCGUAACACAAGAAACUGCUUACGAGGUUGCCGAGCAAAAACUACUCCUUCCUAGUCCGGCUCAAAACUCCACAAAUGUUCACGAUGAAUAUUCGGUUCAGGACAUCACAGUAAUUUCUUCGCCUCUUCACGCUGAUGAAAAAGUCAUAUCAGCCGAUGAGGACGCGAAACCGGACGGGGGUGCUGCGGAGACUGCUACAACAUUGCUACGGGAGUCAGUCGAAGAUGCGCUCAUCUCUUCGGCUGCUGAGAAUUUAUGGGCAGCCGCUGUUCUCGAUGAAGGGGCGCUUGUCGUGCACUCCUCUUUGGAUGCGGAAUCUUCUGAAGCAUCAGAAACCGUAGAACUGCAGGACAUUUCUGAUAACUCUGACCCAUUCAGCGAUUUAGACGAUGCGUUGAAUUCUAAUCAGACUACACCCCCGGUCUUAGUAGGACCACCAGCGACGAUUGAUAUCAACGAACAAGAACACGACAAUUAUGACAUUUAUGAUAAUUCCGACGACAACAAGGAUUCAUUCCGUCACCCUUUCGAGGUUUUAGCAGAACCCCAGCGAUCAGAAUCACUGGCGACUGAUACGAUUAUUCUUUCCUUGCCUCAUGAGGCAGAAUGUCCAUCUCCUGAAACGCAGUUAAUGCUAGACAUCCCACCUUCUGAAUCGUCCGAGGGGGAUCCUUCUAUUGUCGCUGAACUCAGUUCUCAGCCGGCGAUGGAUGCUCCUGCACUUUCGCCUGUUGCCGUACUUGAUUCUUCUUCAGCCUCUCCUGUCGACUCAGUCGGUGUCGCACAGCGAAGCCCGGAGCUCUUGAAUUUGGAGGAUAUUACUGCUGAUGUAUCCAUUCCGGAGCUCACGCCUUUGCAGCUGGUUUUAGACCAGCAUGCUCCCCCUACGGAGGAAUUCCCCGAUCCGGAGCUCAUUCCGCUACCCAUCUCGCCCACAGAACGAGAUUCCUCGCUCCUGGUGCAUCAAACACCCACACCUCCGUCUCUGCCGAUGUCUCCAGUACGCAAAGUCCCUGCUCGACCAGCUUGGUCACUGCGCGCGUCCGAUGCGCCUCCACUAGGUCUCAGUGCCAGCACAUCAGCAGAUGGCCUUCCCUCGUACACUGAGAAGCUAGGCGCGAUGCAAGAGAAGGUCAAGAGCGAAGUCGAGAAGACAAACGAUUCUUCCCUGGUUCCGCCUUCAUCUUCUGCAUCUUCUAUGACCUUGUCGUCGGGUCUUCCAGGUGCAUUCCCUGAGCCAGAGUCCAAGGAGACGGCGAUAGCUGUCUCUGCACCGAAGGAAGUAGAAAUAAGACCUACUCCUUCCCGACCUCGUGUGACACGCUCACCCAUCGAUAUCGCGCUGGCGAUGCAGCUCCGUCCUGGUUUGGGCGUUGGGGCAGACCCAGCGUGGAUGGUGAGGUUCUUAAUGUCGAUGUUUGGCUGGUUUGUGGUGAUGCUUUCUGGAAGCGGGGGAUCCGACGGAUAUCAUUACCCUAUCCGACGUUGA